GGCCACGCGUCGCUGCUCACACCACUGACGUGGCCUCCCUCCUGUUCCUAUACGGACAACCCAACUGCCCUGUCCCACCUCCUCCCUCACUGCUCCUCGUCUCCACUCUCUUUCUCUCUCCUCUCUGGAUUCUUCUCCCUCUCUCUCUCUCUCUCGAUUCUUCAGACGUUGCAGAACAACUACCACUGCCACCUGAGCGCCGCCGCGAGGGGCCUUCCUCCGUCGCUAGCAGGCAUAGCACUGCCGCCUUCGGGACCUGGCGUUCGGAAGGGCGGGUCGUAGGGGGGUUUCCUUUUCCAGCGUAAGCAUGGGCGUGCCGAGCGACGACGCCGUGAUGAUUCAGAGGGGGAGGGUGCCGGAAGAGCCCUGCGUGAUCACGGUUAAUUGUCCGGACAAGACCGGCCUCGCGUGCGAUAUCUGCCGUACAAUCCUUGAUUUCGGACUUGGCAUCACCAAAGGAGAUAUCUCAACUGAUGGAAAAUGGUGCUACAUUGUACUAUGGGUGGUUCCUCGUUUGGGCUCGCUUAUCGUCAGAUGGACAAAUUUGAAAAACCGUCUCUUAUCUGUUUGUCCAUCAUGUUUGAUUUCAUAUUUCUUUGACCAGCCAGCUACAUGCUCCACUUCUUCAUCAGUUUAUCUGUUGAAGUUUUUUUGCCUUGAUCGAAAAGGACUGUUACAUGAUGUUACACAAGUCCUUUGUGAGCUUGAGCUUACAAUUCAAAGGGUGAAAGUGAUGACUACUCCAGAUGGCAGAGUCCUGGACCUCUUCUUUAUAACAGAUAAUAUGGAGCUUCUACACACAAAAGAUAGACAAGAUGAAGUAUUUGAACAGCUGCAUGCUGUUUUAGGCGAAUCAUGUAUCAGCUGUGAACUUCAGUUGGCAGGCCCUGAGUAUGAAAAUCUUCAUGGUAUCUCCUCUCUGUCUCCAGAAACUGCUGAAGAACUGUUUAGAUGUGAGAUGUCAGAUAGGGAAAUCUGGUCACAAGCGCUUAGCCCCGACUUGGUGAAAUUGAAGAAAGCUAAUGUAACAGUAGACAAUACAUUAAGCCCAGCUCAUACGUUGCUUCAGAUACACUGCCCUGAUCACAAGGGUCUCCUUUAUGACAUUCUACGAACUUUAAAAGACUGCAAUAUUCAGAUAGCUUAUGGUCGAUUUUUACCAAAUGCCAAAGGUUAUCGUGAUCUAGAUCUAUUUAUCCAGCAGAAGGAUGGCAAAAAGAUGGUGGAUCCAGAGAAGCAAAGCGGAUUGUGUUCCCGUUUGAAAGUGGAAAUGCUUCAUCCAUUGCGCGUUAUUAUUGCAAAUCGUGGGCCGGAUACUGAAUUGUUGGUUGCCAACCCAGUAGAGCUAUCCGGAAAGGGAAGACCGCGAGUUUUCUAUGAUGUCACUCUUGCUUUAAAAAUUCUUGGGAUCUGCAUUUUCUCGGCUGAAAUAGGAAGGCAUUCAAUGUUGGAUCGUGAAUCGGAAGUCUACAGGUUUCUUUUGGAAGAGAAUCAUGAAUUUCAGAUGUCGAAUGUUGUAGCUAAAAAUCAGAUUGUAGAUAGAGUCAGAAGAUCAUUGAUGGGCUGGUGAACCAAUCCAUUUGCUUUAUAAGCUUCAAGAAUCUCUCUUUCGAGUGAAUAGGGCUCAAAGAAAACUUUGAAUCCUAUGCGCGGGGCAUCAAUAUCUGUUUAUGGUUCGAAUUCUCAAAUCUGCUAUGAUGUGUAAUUAGGUGCUGAGAUUUCAAUUUGUAAAUUUCAUUUAGAACACGAACGCCAUGUUUUCCAUUUCCAGAGGUGCAUUAAUUCAGUAUAUUGCUAGAUUUACUCAUCAAA